CUCAGAAUUGUCAAGAUGUUUGCCGACGGUGUAUGUAAAAUAAUAAGUGCCGAAAAGUGUUUGAAAGAAUAGAAAUUAAUUCAAACUGUUACUGUUUUUUCCGAAUGUAAGAACCUUCGUUUCGCGGUCUGCGCCUUUUUUCGCGAGUUCGGAGUUCGUUAUAGAAAAAAAAAAGAUGUGGCUCGUCCAGUGCUCGAGUCGUUGGUUGGAGAAGAUUAGUUUUGACAGCGCGAGCUAUUUGUGGCCGACUGAACGGGGUUGUGGUAGCUGUAACGCAUAAUAAAACGAAUGAUGAGAAUCAACUCCAUAAAGAUGAGUACUCCGAUCGAGGAGAAGAUUGAACAAAAGCUCAAGGUGCGGACGGGGAUGGUUGCCAUCAGCGAUGGCAAGAGUAAACCUAUAUCAAUGCGUCUUUACCUCUCAAUGGAGAUCCUCAAACUCCAGAGGGAAGAUUUGGAGCAGGCGGUGAAUCAUAACAAGCCUCCAUUGGAUGCAAAAGAACGUAUGGUGCAGAUAACAAGGCAAAAAGUUGGAGGUUUGGGAUUGAGUAUAAAAGGAGGGGCUGAACACAAACUUCCCGUUCUGAUAUCCAGAAUUUAUAAAGGACAAGCAGCUGAUCAAUGUGGACAACUCUUUGUUGGAGACGCUAUUAUUAAGGUGAAUGGAGAAUAUAUAACAGCGUGCAAUCACGACGAUGCUGUGAAUAUACUUCGAAAUGCUGGUGACCUGGUUGUUUUGACCGUUAAACAUUAUAGAGCAGCGAAGCCAUUUUUACAAAAGAGUGAAAAAGAAGAAAAAUUAGACAAUGCGACAAAUGGAACUCCAGAGGAUGGUUGGGUUUCUCCGAGUAAACAACCUGGUAGUCCUAAAUGCAGUCACAGCAGACACAGUUCAAACGCAUCAGCGAGUUCGAUCCACUCGAAAAAAUGGGUCGACCUGAUCACAGUUCCGUUAAUGAUGGCAUACGUUACCCGAUAUAUAUUUGGUACUGAUAAAUUGAGGCGGAAUGCCUUUGAAGUGAGAGGUUUAAAUGGAGCCAGAACCGGAAUUAUUCAUUGUGACGACAGUGCCAUUCUUAGUCAAUGGCUCAAGUUUAUCACGGAUAAUAUUACUGGCUUAACUCAUUUGCAAAUGAAACUGUACAACCGGAACUUUGCAGUAGGCGAGCGAAUUGAAUACAUGGGUUGGGUAAACGAGGCCAUCAGCAAUAGCAAUCAACCCUGGCAAAGCUACCGGCCAAGGUUUCUAGCUUUGAAAGGUCCCGACUUGCUACUUUUCGAAACUCCACCCUGCAACAUUGGUGACUGGUCGCGAUGUGCAUUAACUUUUAAAGUAUAUCAGACGAUGUUCCGCGUGAUGCGAGAAUCGGAGAAUGUAGACGAGCGACAGCAUUGUUUUCUGGCGCAAUCUCCAGGAAAGCCACCAAGAUACCUUAGCGUGGAAACGAGGCAGGAACUUUUGAGAGUUGAAGCCGCGUGGCAUACGGCUGUUUGUUCUGCAAUAACUCAUCUCAAGAGCAAAACAUUUCCGGUGACUUUUAAUGGCAGGACAGCAGGUUUAACGUUGGAAUGGUCCCAAGGAUUUUCGCUGGCCUUCGAAGGCGUCACGGACAAUGUUUGGAGGUUCAAAUUUUCUCAGCUUCGUGGCUCGAGCGAUGAUGGGAAGAGUAGAUUAAAGUUGCAUUUUCAAGAGCACGAUAGUAUCGCUAUUGAGACAAAGGAAUUGGAGUGCUCUCAGUUACAGAACUUAUUAUUCUGUAUGCACGCUUUUCUCACCGCAAAAGUGGCCGCAGUUGACCCAACUUUUUUAACGUCGACGACACCGUAAGAUUUGUAAAGUAUACUGAUUUACCAAAUAUGUAUUCCGUUCAAGAGAUCGCACGAAGUGGAGUAUUCAAAUUUACAUUUACGGAGAUAUUUAUUUCUAGACUGAGUAUUAUUUAAGAAACUGUAUAUAGUGAAACGAUCUGACGUGUGCUGAUUUAUUCGCUUGGAAUUGCUAUGAAAGAGAAAAUUGCUUUAGGAGAAUAAUUUCGUAUCAGUUUGAUAAAAUUUCUUAUUUUAUAUUUGAAAUGUUCAUGCGAUUACUGUUGCACUCGUUCAUGAUUUUUAAGUAAAUGCAUUUUCGCGAAGAAAUAUCAACGCUCAUACAAAACAAAUUUUAUAAUUAAUAUAUCGAGUGCCUUAAAAACCAUGAACACAGCGUAACUUACUUGAAAAUCAACUCUUCAUUUGUGCAAGAAAUGGCCAACUCCGUGUUGACGUGCAAUAAUUAAGAUUACAUACUAGGAUGGGUAAAGAAAAAAAAAUGGAAAUGAAAAA